UAUAUUUACCUCUUUUUACGUUUCACAUGAUUCUCGUCACAGAAAUAGCAAUAGCAAGGCAAUGGCACCACACAUUAUUAAGGUAAUGGGGUCAUGUGCCGUACAUUCUGCAACAUUAUAUAAAGCAAUAAAAUAGCGUUGUGCCUUUCGAAAGUGUGUUUUCAUUGUAUAUCUGAAAGCUUUUUAAGAACAACUUUCUCAAACUUAUCUUUGACUUUGUACAUUUAUUCAUAGAUAAAGUGUGAACUCGACGAGAGAUGCUGUGCGCAGCGUGGCAUUGCCAAGUCCUCUGCUUUUGGCCGAGUUCAGAUUUGUGCUACUUUUAAACUGUUUAGCGAGUUUAAGAUGAAAGGAUUUUGUUGAUUAGUUAUUGGUAUUUAGGCUGUGAAUAAUCAUUCGGUGUCACAAAAAGAGUCAAAUGCAAGUUCACAAAUUUAUUGAGAAAAGAGAAAGAGGAUGAAACAGAGCAAAAGUCACAGUUCCCAGGAGAACCACACGCGACGACCACCGUCGAACCCACACUGGAUGGAGACCGGGGAGUUCACUUCAUGCGACAGAGGGUAUGAUACACACGUGACUCUUGCGAAAAUUAACCAUGGUUUUACUACAGUUAAGACCAAAAAACCAUGGUUACUGUAGUAAAACCAUGGUUACCACAAAAUAUCUAUGGUUUUGACAACCAUGGUUUUCAAAAACCAUAGUUAAACGAUGGUUAGUGUAGUAAAACCAUGGUUUUGCUCAUAGUAAUCAAUUGACCAAAAAAACAUGGUUACUACAGUGAACCGGAACCUGGGGACUGAUAAUCCACUCUGGUCUUGGACCGGGGAGAAAUCCACACACGGCUGAUGACUGAAGGAACAAUCACCUCACACAACAGAGGUUAGUAUACACACUCGACUGAAGGUGAGGGUGAUGCGAACCUGGAAACUGGUAAUCCACUCUGGUCAUGGACCGGGGAGAAAUCCACUCACUAUAGAUGACAGACAGUAUGAUACACACACAACUGAAGGAAACCGCUGGAACCCGGAAGAGGCUGGUGUACCGCCUAAAGACGAAGCGAACCAGCUGUAAUGGGAAGACAGGCAGAGUUCAUUCGAGGUCAAGUUCAUGUACAUCCACAGGUGUGUGAACUCCGGGUGUAGACAAGCUUCCGGAUGCCGGGGAUCAAACCUGUGAUCGGAGAAGAGAGAGAGAGAGAGAAACACAGAACAUCCGACAGGACAAGGCAAGGCAGCAGGACUGUGACCAACCGAAACAAUGAGCGCGCGAAGAGAGACAGGACGGCGUGCUAUUUAAAGGAAAACACUAACGAGACACCACAGGUGAACAAUUACCGAAACGAGCGGGCGGGGCUAGUGCACACAUGAGGAGCCGUCACCAACAGGUAAAUAAACAAACACACACACACACACACACACAACUGACCGAUCACCAAGGAGUCAUGAGAGUGGGGGCUUUUGGGCUAUAUUUGAAUGUCCAUUGGGCUGGAUUUAAUACGCGAGUCUGGCAACCCUGGCUGUGUGCUUGGUUCGGAUUAUAAAGAAUGCGCAUGAAAAUGAAGAUUUUAUUUUGAUUGCAAUGUUUGGGGUACAUGUAUGCUGUAUUGCGGUAACCUGCAAUCAAAUUAAAUUUAGUCGGAUUGACAAAAUUUUGUGUGUGUAAACAUAGCCAAUGUGGUUUCUGCUUACAGUAAUUCAACAGAAAGAUGAAGGUUCUGCUGCUGUCAUUGAUUCUCGCGCUGCUGUUGGCUGAUGGAUUUGCCUUGAAAUGUAAUAAAUGUGUUCCUGGCACACCUGGUGGAAGUUGUGUGACCACGCAGGAGACUUGUGGUUAUAAUAAAAAUACCUGUGUAUCUGCCAGAUUCUUAAUCACUCCUUUUUCCUCUUUCCGGAGGUGCAUUUCUAUGUCCGACUGCUUGAUUCUUCAGGCCAACCGUUAUAUAACAGCCAGAUGCUGUCAGACAGACCUGUGCAAUUAAGUUCACAUUAUACGAAGAAGAAACUCAAAUGGGAAGAUUUUUAUGCCACGGCACUGUCAGUGAAAUUAUUUACAUAAGUAAUAAUAAUGAUUAAUUCAGAUGUUACAACUGACACAUUAAGUACAUUUGUUCGUUUUGGGGUAAUACAAGAAACGACUCCAGAGAGCCAUUAAUGGAAUUCUUUACCGAAUGAAAAUAAUAAUGCAUUACUUGAUUUUAUACUACAUAACUAAAUAUUAGGUGUAUGUUUGUUAGUAUUUGGGGGUGAUUGUGUAACUUUGGGCAGUUUUCUAUUCAACGAAUCAUUUUAAACAUAUUUGCUUUCACGAAAUGUAUUGUUUCUAUACCUUUUUUUUACAUGCUUUUGAAAGAAAAUACUGUAAAUUAAUGUAAUCAUGAUUCAGUCAUAAAAAUCUGUUUUAAAGCCAUUUCAUUUGUAUAAUUUAUUUAGCAUCAUUUUAUACAUUACAGAGCAAUGUUAUGUAAGAUGGGUAUUUCUGAUCAGAGAGGGAGUGUUUAAGAAACUCUUACAACUGCAAAAUUAUUUUUAACUCUAACCCCAAGUCACUUUUCUUUAGUUAAAAAAAUCGUUUCUUUCAUCUCAGUGGAAUAAGAUUUUGUGACUUUUCGGCAUUAUCUGUCAAUAUUUAAAAAACUUGAUUAA